AUGACGGGAGCACCUCCUGCUACAUCAUCAGUGUUUGGAAGUUUGACCUCAAUGUCGACGACGAUGACACCUCAACAAACUGAUACCCAUCAUUCAACAGCACCUCGAUCAUCAGUGUUUGGCUCAUUGACUUCAAUGAGCUCACAGACUCCAAGUGCAUUUGGUACAAUGUCAUUCGGCAUUCAUCAACCCAACACAACAGCUACAACAACGACGAGCACGACACAGCCAGCAUUCGGUUCUGCAUUCGGUUCUGCAUUCGGUUCUGCAUUCAACAUACAACCAACAUCAUCAUCAUCGACAUCAUCAUCAACACCUCUGUCAAUGUUAAGACCACAACCUAUUCAAUCGAUUGUCGGAUCAUCAAACUUGACAGAAGGCAACAGCGCAGCAUCAUCAUCAAUACCAAUAUCAUUUUCAUCACAUAGCAGCACACAAAUGUCAGCUGCCGCAGCGCCUUUCAUACCAAGGAGUAUUAAGCCAAAGCCAGGAGCACAUCCUAUGGGUGCACCCAUACCGCCAACAACAACAAUACACAGCGCCAAGGCGAUCAAGUCACCCACCAAGCUCUACAUCACCAAUCUAAAGAUGACCAACGAUGUCAACAGACUAAGGACAGCGCUCACACAGCUCUUUAGUCAACACGGUACACUGGCCUCACCGAUUCAACUCAUUAAGAAGGGUCCAAAGUAUCACGCGAUAGUUGAGUACACGACAAAGGAUGAAGCCAAGCAAGCAAAGAUUAGAGUAAAGACAUUCGAAGACUAUCCGAUUAUAGUUAAACAAUACAUUCAAUCAAGUGAUCAUGGUAUGGACUCAGCGACUACAGCCACGCCAGCUGUCGCCCCAACAACAACGACAGCAACGGCAGCAACAACAGAUAACCACGCCGGUGGUGAUGCGAUCAGACCACUGGACGACAGUUUGAAACUUAGGUCUCAAGAGCGCGAACUUAGGUUCCUGCUACAGAGUAAGAGGGCAGCUGCCCCGCCCUCACCAUCAACAAGGCUGACAGACAUGAGUAGUCUGUUGUCACCAGAGCAACAACAUAAUGAUGGUGCAGAGGCUGACGAUGAUGAUGGUGGCAGUGCAGAGGAAGAUGAUGCUAAUGAUCACUUUGAUGAUGUUGAUGAUGCUGGCGAAACACAACAAGAAUACGACCUUGACCAUGAUAAUGGCGAUGAUGAAGACACAACAACAACAACAUUGCCAACAGCAUUCGCAACACCUCAAUCAAUGAUGUCCCCAGAUCAAGCAUUGGCAACUCAUCAUCAACCAACGCCAUCAUCAACAACAUACAUUACAAGCCAUGCUGUUGCUGCUGCAGAUGGAAUAGUACCAUCGACUGAUGGUAACAAGGUUGGAACAUGUCUUGAGUUCUGUCCUGCAAAGGAGAAGGCACUGCGCGAGGUGUCCAAGGACGUCAACAAUCUGGAGAGGAUGCCAACGGGCGAGCUAGUGUUGGUCAAGAAGUAUCGACGUAACACUGCCGAGCAAUCAGAGAUUGCACCUGAGGAGAUACGUCCGCCCCACAUCCUGGCCAAGGUCAUGGACCAUCUAUCACACAACAUUGUCGAUCGCAAGGAUGCCAGGUUCAGCGAGAUCCAGAACUUUAUUCGCGAUCGCAGUCGCUCGCUGCGCCAGGACCUCACGAGCCAGCACUGCCAGGACGAGACAUCGAUCGACAUCCACGAGCGCUGCGUGCGCUUCCACAUACUCAGCCACCACUUCCUGUGCGAGGCCAGCCAGGAGGACUUCAACAAGCAGCAGAACUGGGAGCAGCUUUCAAAGUGUCUCACGUCGCUCAAGAUCUUCUACGACGACCACUACAAGGCCACGGGCCACACGUACCGCAACGAAGCCGAGUUCCGCGCCUACAUCAUCCUGAACCUGACGUUUGCCGACAUACCUGCGCGCGACCUCGUCUCGUUCCUCAUCACCAUCCCCAAGGAGAUCCAGCAGCACCCCUUUGUCAAGUUCGCCUUUGAGAUAUCAAAGGCCUAUCGAUUGGAGAACUAUAGCAGGUUCUUCAAGCUCAUUAUGAAGGGCACCUACCUGCAGGGCUGCUUCAUUCAUCAGUUCUUCAACCGUGUGCGCAUCACCGCGUUGAUGCGCAUGUCCAAGGCGUUUGGCGCGAGGGGACAGCCGUACCCCGUGAGCGACUUUGCCGCCGGGCUCCUUUUCAGCUCGCUAGAUGAGGCGGCACAGUUUGUCACCGACCUUGGACUGACUAUUGGCGAUUCCGAUCAGAUCAUAUUCAAGGGCGAUCAUAUAUCAACGGGUGACCCUGGUCCCAAAGUGUCACAGGUGCUGCUCAACAAGGCACCCAAGACCUUCCAGCAGACAAUCGAUGUGCCUGAGCAGAUCACAAAGGCAUAUUGUCAGUUCUUGGGUAUUGAUGAGUAUGUUCCUCCUCCUGCUGCACAUGUCGCAGCCCCAGUGUUGGUCAGGUCACCAGUGUCCACACACGUGCCCUCUGUGAUCAGGAAGCAGCCACCUGGUGUGACCUCCCCGCCACCAACAACACUCAAACAAAAGCCAGCAGCUGCCUCCACAACACCUCAGGUCGCAUCACAAUCAAUCCAAUCUCCAACACAACAACAAGCUACCUCAUCGGCUACUACCUCCACAACAUUUGGUCCAGGUCAAACGUCUUUGUCGUCGACGACGAUCAAUCAAACUGGCGACAAUGACAAGGUUACACAACUGCCGUCGUCGGCGUCACCUUUGUUCUCACAGUUUGGCGUGAACAGUCAACCACCAAAGGAUGAUGACAAGGAGAAACAGUCAACGGCAUCAACAUCGUCCCAAGACACACCAGCCAUCAACAUCAUAUCGGCAACGCCUGUCAAGAAUCCAUCAUCCAGCGCGUUCGACUUCACUCCUGGCUCAGGUAUUCAAGUUGACAAGACACCUGCACACAGACAACAGAGCAACGACGUUGACAGUAUGGUGCUAAAUACACCUGCGCCUGCAUCGGGUGUCGACUUGAUAUCUCCCAUGCGCUUAUCAACUCCUGCACUCAAUGACCUGUUCAAGACACCUGGCGCUCCCGCCUCCUCCACUGCAGGCUUAUCUUCGACACCAACCUACACACCAAUGGCUAUCUCCGUGAUGAAGCCAACAGUGCCCGAAUCACCAAUGGUGUUGAUGACGCCCUAUGUCGAGAAGGACAAGUCUAUGCUGUCCUCAUCAAAGGAUACCCAUCCAUUCCCUCUAACAGAGAUCAACAAGCUUGCAGACCAGCAACUGGCCAUAGUAGUCAAGUCCAAGACAUCACUAAGCGCACCCGUCCUCAAGAUACACAGGCCCUAUCAAGAGAAGGCCAACGAUGCGAUGAUGAGCUACAUGCUUAGACAGUGGCGAUCACAGUCGAAGCAGUACUUCAACUCAAUCAAUCAGAUGCAAUCAAUUGAACAGAUUGUGUUCCACAAUGCUGUGGCAGCAGAGACAGAGCUGGUCACACCACCAUUGAUCAUGAUGAAUACCAAGCCUUCACAAUCAUUGUUGGAUGACACAGAUAUAGAGAUGAUCAACGACAACAAUGACUACAUUGACAGCAAACCAAUCAACAUACCAUUCUAUUGUUAUCAAUCAUUGGCCAAGAAUAAUCAGAGCGAGAGCAAGAUAUAUUGGAAGAUGUUGUACUCUACCCCAUCAUCAUCAUCGAUUGCAGUCGAUGACCAUCUUGGACAAGCCAUCAAACACUACAUCACCUCGACAUCAUCAACGACCCAGCCAGGCAAGCCAUUGUUCAAGCUGGAGCAACUGCAGAUACAAUACCUUCACACAACAAAGCAAAAGAACGUCACGAGGAAGCUAUCAAAGAAGCCAGUCAACUUUGUCGUCCUGGAGACUUGUGGACGCAAGUCUACAGACAAACAGCCACUCUUGGCUCGUGGCACUGGUUGCAUAUUGUUCCAAUUCAAUGAUACGUUCACAUUGGAGAAUGAGCAGCGCCUGGCCAAUCUACUCAACGCUAUCGCGCGUGGUGUUAUUCUAGGCGGCGACAAUAGUAGACGUGUGCCAAUAAUGUUUGUUGGAACGACUGAGAACAUCUACGCCAAACAAGAGCAGGUGCGUGCCAACAUCAACCAAUUCAUCGAUAAGAACAGCGAACAAUGGGCAACGGUCGUGAGCGAAUGGCAGAUCACCGACCUCGACCUCGGCACCCUGUACAGUCAUUCUUCGCGCCAGCAGAUCAUCAAGACACUAGUGUGGCUGGCGAGCAACACUCCUCCAAUCCAAUCAGUGGACAUUAUGCCGCUGUCGUCCAUCAUGGACAACGUAAUCUCGACCAAGUUGGCCGACCUCCUGCGACCUUACCACCAGCUCACUGUGCAACCCGAGGAGCUGUCCAGCCAGAUGAACCUCAUUACACCAAGCGCAUUGAUCACAUACUACAAUGAGCUCGUGCAGCAGCUCGCCACACUUGUGACGGACCCCGUGCUGCAAGCCAUCCAGUGGCCCAUUCCAGAGUUCACGCGCAAUGCCCAAACCAGCACCCAAUGGAACUCGGACAACAACUUUACAUCAAUCACAACAGCACUCAACUCAAUCAAGAUACCAUCACUACCCAGUCAGCUUGGUAACUUGAUAGCAUCAAUGGUCGACCAUCAUCAUAUAUCAGUUGAGGACAGCCUUCGAACACAUGGCUACAAGAGUCUGGCACUAACAGGUGACAUCAACGUCGUGGACAUGUUCCAAGCCUGGUUCCAACGCUUUGCCGACAAGCUCACCACUCAAUAUCUCAUCUCACAAGUCAGGCAGAUCCUUCAACAAUAUGACCUUAAACUACAAAACCUCCCAGCGCAGUAUAGUUUACCACUACCAUGGCAUAUGAUCAUUGAGUUGGUCAUAUCACAUCAGAUCAGUACCAUACCUCUACUCAAUUGUUACUACCAUCCCGACCUGAUGACACACUUGGCUUCAUUGCCAACGAGUCAUCUAACACAUUCAACAAAGGAUAUGGCAACAAUUGGUUUGUUACCAUCCAGCAACAUUCAAUCAUCAUCAACACAUAUCAGUAGUAAUAGUAUCAAUGACAACAGACCGACAACGACAACAUAUAGCAAUGGUCAACAACAUGAUGAUGACGUGCUGACUUUGGAAGACCUUGAUGGUGGCUCACCGAUGGACACAUUCAAUGACAUGGCCAAUACGAUGAGAUCAAGGAAGAGGGACUAUUCAACAUCAUCACCUCCAAUCAAUCAACCAGAGGUCAAACAUUUAAGAAUCAACAACAAUCGAAGUAGUAGCAGCAUCAUCAGUAGUAGUAACAACAACAUCCAACCUCAAAAGAACAACAACAAGUUGGAAGCAUUGUUGUAUAACCUGGAGAGAGAGAAACGUGAGAGUAUAUGGUUCGAAGACAGUCUACUCAGAUCACUCAGUAGUGGUGGAAGUAAUAGUUAUAUCAAUGAUAGUAAUAUUAAUAAACCUUGA